AUGCCUGACUCAAAAUCUACCUUUCACCCUGCUUUUGUUGUAUUCAACAUCAAGAAUCAUGUCCCAAUCAUUCUUGAGAUGGAAAAUGAUGGCAAGCAGAAGGCGCUACCAACGGAGAAAGAGACAGAACUCUGGUUGACACUAGACACCACCGUUCUACAAUGGAUUUAUGCCAUCAUUUCUCAUGAUCUUUUAGAUACUAUUCUUGAACGCGACACCACGACAAUGAAGGCCUGGAAUAGGUUGCGUGAUAUAUUCCAAGAUAACAAACACUCUCGUGCCGUUACACUUGAGUAUGAUUUCACCCACACAGCCAUGAAGGCCUUUUCAAGUGUCUCUGCUUACUGUCAACAUCUCAAGUCACUGUUGAAUCAACUCAAGAAUGCCGACUUUUCGGUCGAUAACAGUAGGUUGGUUCUGCAAUUGGUGUCCGGUCUCACUGAAUCCUACAAGAGAGUGGCCACACUCAUCCGUCAAAGUGAUCCCUUGCCUCAAUUUUAUUAA